AUGUUCUCAAGAAUUGCCAAGAGAUCAUUCUCAUCGACCGUCAUUAAUCCUUAUAAAGUUACCGUUCUUGGUGCCAACGGUGGUAUUGGUCAACCUUUGUCGUUGUUAUUGAAAUUAAAUGACAAAGUCACAGAUUUGAGAUUAUACGAUUUAAGAGGCGCUAAAGGUGUUGCUGCAGAUUUAUCUCAUAUUCCAACAAAUUCUACUGUUAAAGGUUUCACUCCAGAUAAGGUAGAUUCUGUAAGUAAUGGUUUAUCGCAUGCUUUGGAAGGCACCGAUGUUGUCAUUAUCCCAGCUGGUGUUCCAAGAAAGCCAGGUAUGACAAGAGACGAUUUAUUUGCCAUCAACGCAGGUAUUGUUAGAGAUUUGGCUUCUGCAGCUGCUGAAAAUGCCCCUAACGCUGCCAUCUUAGUCAUCUCAAACCCGGUUAACUCUACAGUGCCAAUUGUCGCUGAAGUAUUCAAACAAAAAGGUGUCUACAAUCCAAAGAAGUUAUUCGGUGUCACUACAUUAGAUGUUAUCAGGUCUUCCAGAUUCAUUUCUGAAAUUGUAAAUACUGAUCCAACUACUGAGAAAGUGGAUGUCGUAGGUGGCCAUUCCGGUAUUACCAUUAUUCCAUUAUUAUCUAAAACUAAGUACUAUAAAUCUUUAUCUGAUGAACAAAGAGAACAACUGAUCCACAGAAUUCAAUUCGGUGGUGAUGAAGUCGUCAAGGCUAAGGAUGGUGCUGGUUCCGCUACUUUAUCAAUGGCUAGAGCUGGUGCAAGAUUUGCAGACUCUGUCUUAAGAGGUUUCGCAGGUGAAAAAAAUGUCAUUGAACCAACUUUCGUUGAUUCUCCAUUAUUCAAGUCUGAAGGUAUCGAAUUUUUUGCUUCUCCAGUCACCUUAGGUACAAAUGGUGUUGAACAAAUUCAUGAAGUUGGUAAUUUAUCCGCUGAAGAACAACAAAUGUUGGAAACAUGCAAGGAAACUUUAAAGAAGAACAUCGAGAAAGGUGUCGCUUUUGUUUCUAAAAAAUAG